AUGUGUGGAAUUCUCGGAAUUUGCAUGGGUCAUUAUGAUCGGGAUGAAGACAACUGCGACGCUGCGCAGGACAUCCAUGAAGCCAUGUACCUUCUUCAGCACCGCGGUCAAGACGCCUGCGGUAUUGCGACUAGUUCUUAUGGAGGACGAAUCUUCAUGAACAAGGAUUCUGGCAUGGCGGCGACCGUCUUCAAGGACGGCAAGAGGGUCAUUGACUUGCCUGGAUGGAUGGGCAUUGGUCACCUUCGCUACCCUACCUGGGGAAGCAGUGGACGUGCUGAAGCUCAACCGUUCUACGUCAACAGUCCUUAUGGAAUCUGCCUGUCGCACAACGGCAACCUCACCAAUGCCGCUGAGCUGCGUGCAUUCCUGGACAAGGACGCUCAUAGGCACAUCAACACCAGCAGUGACAGUGAGCUGAUGCUGUCUGUCUUUGCCAACGAGCUUAAUGAGACUGGAAAGGCGCGUAUCAACGAGACGGAUCUGUUCAGCGCGCUUGAGCGCACCUACAAGCGCAUUCAGGGUGCCUGGGCUAGCGUCAUCAUGGUUGCCGGCUAUGGUGUGGUUGCGUUUAGAGACCCUGAUGGUAUCCGUCCUCUGGUUUGGGGUUCUCGCAAGUCGACUCCUAAUCCUGAUGACGAUGCUUACGACUACAUGGUUGCGUCAGAGUCGAUUGCUCUGCGCCAGCUGGGCUUCAAGAACAUCACUGAUGUCUUGCCUGGGCAGGCUGUGCUUUUCAAGAAGGGCUGCCCUCCUGUUUUCCACCAGAUUCAGGAGCCGGCUUCAUACAGCCCUGACAUCUUUGAAUACGUGUACUUUGCAAGGCCUGACAGUGUUAUUGAUGGAAUUAGUGUCCACGAGUCACGCAACCGCCAGGGUAUCAAGUUGGCUGACAACAUCAUCGCUCGACUGGGCGAGGAGGCCGUUAAGGAUAUCGAUGUUGUCAUCCCUAUCCCCGAGACUUCCAAUACGGCUGCUGCGGCCUUGGCGGAGCGCCUCAGGAAACCCUACUCCAUGGGUUUCGUCAAGAACCGUUACGUCUUCAGAACCUUCAUCAUGCCUGGACAACAGAUGCGGCAAAAGAGCGUUCGCCGCAAGCUCAGUACCAUUGAUUCCGAGUUCAAGGGCAAGACUGUGCUUCUUGUUGACGACUCAGUGGUUCGCGGAACGACUAGCCGAGAGAUCGUUACCAUGGCGCGUGAGGCUGGAGCUCGCAAGGUCAUCUUCAGCUCGUGCUCGCCCGAGGUCAUCCACCCCCACGUCCACGGCAUUGACUUGGCAUCACAAAAGGAUCUCAUUGCUCAUGGACGCACCAACGCUGAGAUUGCCGAGCAAAUCGGCGCCGACGACAUCAUCUACCAGACGGUUGAGGAUCUCGUGGCCUCAUGCGCCGAGCUGUCUCCCCGUGACCCCAAGACGCAGACUUUUGAGAUUGGUGUCUUUAGCGGUUGCUACGUGACCCCCGUUUCCGAGGCCUACCUGGAGCAGCUCGACGAUGCCCGCAACAGCGGCAGGAAGCGUAAGGCGCUUGUUGCCAGCAGCGGUCCCGUGCUUACCGGAUCGGCGGAUUCUGCGGAAACUCCUGCUGCUAAAGUGGCCAAGACCAAUGGCUUGGCAGCCCGGACACGAGCUGACCCGCAGUCCCCGGGAAACCCUGCGGACAUUGGCAUCCACAACGCGGCUCAUGAGGGGGGAAACUAG